GUCUAUUUGCUAUUUCGCAUAUGAAAAAAAGCAGUUGAUCAUCGAUUCAUUGAUUUCAGAAGGGUGGUGUUAAGUGUUAUAAAAGGAAGAGUUCGUGGUCACCUAACUUGUAAAGUAUGUUUUAUUUCUCGGAAUUACCAACUCUGUAAAAAAUCGUAGCAACUGUUUCCGGCUUACUAACAAUAAGAUAUUUCCCUAGGUUUCUGUUAGAAGAAUUGUUUAAAAUGGAGUAAAAUUUUUGCUAUAGAAUAGUUUAAGUAUUUGCAACGAUUUAUGUUAAAGGCAGCUUGUCUUGAUCAUUAUUGCCUUAAUCAAAUCUCACAAAUUAUGAAUUAAAUUUCUCUAUUGUGAAAACAUGGCAAUGUUUUUACAGAAGCAGGGUGUCCCGGCCUUUUGGAGGUGAAAUCAACGGGUGCGCUGCGAACAAGAUCAAAACUCACUAGGCUUGCCGACAGUAUUGUCAAAGUGUCAUCUAAGCGGCAAUGACGCUUCCUAUUAUGCCCCUGCAGCGUAAAUUGAUGUUGAUACGAGAAAUAGUUGAAAAAUCGUGCUGUUGCGUUUAAAUUGGACGAUCAGUUGAAGCGUUAGCAAAGAUAAGGCAACAAUUUCUCCGUGAUUUUUACAAGUCCGUGAAAUCGAGUCUUGUGCACAGCUGGGUAUCGGAACAGUCGGUGGAUUAAGAACAGAGAAUAAGCUCGAAUUGGGACAACGUGACCUAGAUUGGAUUCUAAAUGGCCGUUGACUUAUCUAGCCAUCUUAACAAGUCACCAGAUCGCCUACACGACGAGAACUACGAGUCUGUAACCUCAAAUGGGGUCAUAAUCAAUGCCCUCGCAUCCAAACAGAAGGAUACCGUGGCAUCGAACUAUUUCUCUCUCAACUCUUUUAUGGAGCAAUCGCCUGCGAUUCCCGAAUCACCUUUAGUCAUACACAGGCACACUCCAAAUAAUCUAAUGGUUGGUGACACUUCGAAAAGUGGGUACUUUACGUCAAACGCAAACCCGGCGAGUCCACCUUUUCAGCGAGUCGGGGUGAACGGCAGUAGUUUCAUCAACUCACACAGCCCGCAGAGAACAGACUUCGAGAUGAGUACCCGGCAGCAGCAGCCCGAGACGAUUCUCCUUUCACACACGGGUAUGUUCGACCCUACAUCAGCUACGACGACCUCAAAUGCAUAUAACCAUGCUUUUGGGGUAUUCGGCAGCAACGGGACAAAUCUUCAUUCGCCAGUGAGUCUGAUGAACGGCACUGUAGAACUAAGGCAAUCUUCAAUGCAGUCACUGCAACCUCAUCCGUUUUAUAGCCAUUCACAACUCACGGCUUCUCACGACCAGAACACUGUGCAAAGGUCUACUGUGUCACCUCUUCUUGGCAAUCCUAUGGGUUAUAGAGCCUAUCCACAGAUCAGUGACCUGUUCCCGCCGCGAGCUGAGUUCUAUGCACAACAAGCUCCGUUCGGACAUCCACAGUAUUGGUACAUGCGACAGCCAAUGAACCAGGUUCUAACGUGUUUAUGGCUAGACCAGCAACCGUUUCCUAAAACAAAACCUUGUGGAAAGCAAUUUACAGUCAUGCAAGAUAUUGUUAGACAUUUAAACGACGAGCAUGUUAGCAGAUUGGAUAACAACGAGUAUGUAUGCUACUGGCAGAACUGCACGCGAAGUCUGCUGCCUUUCAAAGCAAAGUAUAAGCUGGUGAAUCAUAUUCGAGUUCACACUGGAGAAAAACCUUUUCCUUGUCCGUUUCCUGGUUGUGGAAAGCUGUUUGCUAGAAGUGAAAAUCUAAAAAUACACAAAAGGACGCAUACAGGGGAGAAGCCGUUUCCUUGUGAGUUUCCAGGCUGUGACCGGCGUUUUGCCAAUUCAAGCGACAGAAAGAAACACAUGCAUGUGCACACUUCGGAUAAGCCCUACAACUGUCAUAUAAGAGGCUGUAAUAAAAGUUAUACGCACCCUAGUUCUCUACGUAAACACAUGAAACUACAUGGCAUUUCACCAUCACCUUCUGGAUCUGAGGAAGAAGAAGUUGAGAGCGUAGAAUCGUCACCGGUCCACCCGGCAAACCAGAAAGAAAAAUCAGUUAACGCAGGCAUUGAGAAGGGGCAAGAGCACAACAACAACAACAACAACAUCGAUAGCAUGACAAUCAAAGAAGAAGAACACGACACAGAUUCCGAUUUGGACAUACAAUCGAGUUUAGGAACUCAGUCAAGAAGCAUUUCUUCUUGGUACCCCUGUGAAGGACAAAUUUAGGAUGGAAGGAAUUAAUUAGCGCGAAAAUAACACUUAUUGGAAUUCUUAAUGCAAAUCUUAACGCAAGGGUAUAUAGAUGGCGUUUUCCUAUUUUUCGGAUAUUUUGACAUUUUUACAGUGGCAAAGAAGGCGUCAGUGUCUUAUUUAAGGUAUAUAGAGUUCCAAGAUACACUGGCGUGACAAUAACCGACAUUUCUGUGGAAUUUAGUAACUAGAAAAUAAUCGGUUUAAUUAUAUAUCUAUGCGGCAAAGAGGCGUGAUUUCAUAAUCAAAGGAAAAAUGUCAACUGAGACUCGUCCAAGAGAAACAUUUCGAAAUGUCGUUGUUGUAGCCAGAAGAGCUUUCUUGUGCCUGGUCCAAUUGUAAAUACGGUUCGCAUAGAGUACAGUUAGCUAAUCUCGAUUAAAAGAAUAUAUACACCUUUGUAAAUAUAUGGUAUACAGAAUUUAUCCUUAAGUUACGUUUCUUAAUUUAUGACACUUCUACUUGCUAUACAUAUAAUCUAGUAAGAAAUGUGUAAAUAGUAAACAAUGCUGGGUUUACUUUAUAGUUUUAUUAUGUUGGCCUUGACAGAGAAAUCAACCUUUCUUCUAUCUGGUCUUUGCACAAUGAGAAGAUGGAAAGGAAUCCUUAAACAGUGAAAUGCUGAAUCAAUAUUGGGGUUGAUUACCCAAAUUUGUUUUGGUACUGGGUAGUCUGCUGUCCACUGCCAACCCCGGAAUUCAAAUAGGCUGUAUAUAUUCUUCGUUCCAAGGAAGAUGGAAGAAGGCCUGUAGGCCUGUUUACGUCAAUAAAAAUGUGUACAGGAAUUCUGCGAAAUGUAGUUCCUACAAUAGUUUCACUUGUUGUUUUUCUUAGUGCAUUUCAAAACUCAAUGCAAAAAAUCGAGCGCCAAUCUCUAGUGCUCUAGAAGGAAAGCAGAGAAUUGCUUGACCCCCUUAUGACUUUUAUCAUUUCUUCUUUAUAUCCAAGAUUCCUAUUAAGGUUCACAAAGUUAUUUUAAAGAAAUCAAUUUUCAUUUACACACUAGAAUCUUAGGCUCACUUGAAUCAAUUUGGGAAUAUAUCUAAAUAUAUAUUAUAGAGAAUUUGUAAACAGCUAUGAAUCUUUAUCAAUUGGGUUAGGACUUUACACUCAGCUUUGACACACAUUUAGAAUGUUUUUAUCUUACAUCUCAUUUUGAUACACAACGUAUUUAUAAGAACAAGAUGUUCAGUUUUGUUACUGUGUACUUUGUAACUUUUUCGUUAAUUAAACUUCUGACGAUGUAAAAUUGCUAUAAUAUGAGUAUAUAAAGAGAAAUGAUUUAGAGGCUGUUGUGAAAUCAAAAGAGACUUAAAUAUGUAUAAA